AUGGAUUCCCUUCUUUGCAUUAGGUUUGGAGCAACCCUUGCCAGUUUGAACUUCGGGGAGAUUUUGUUUCCUCGGAAAGGAACUCCAGGGACGCAAGCCAGGAAAACGAGAUUGUGGAAGAGCGACAUUGUCAGCCUUCCAUGGACUUGGAAGGUCAAAAUGCGCAUCAUGAAGACAUCUCAUGUUGAUGAUCCUGCUCAUGUCACCCACCAGCAAGCAACAGUUCAAAGUGGGCAAAAUCAAGGAAGAAGAGAAUCUCAGGUUGAUCUCUCUGGAAUUUAG